AAGCAGUAGCCUAGUGGUGGUGUGUGUGCUGCCUGCUGCCAGCUGUGUCUUCUGUUCUGUAGUAGCUGUCCCCCUUAGAUGCAUCUUUUUUCAAGGGUGCUGUUUCUAGGCUCUCUUCCUGUCCUCUUUUUAAAAUUAUUUUGUUGUCUUGCCAGCAAUUUUUUUGGUGUUGUUCUCCCAGACACUUGUCUUAUUGGAUAUCACCAAAUAUCUUGGAACUCUUUAUGUUUCUGUUCUCUACACUCGUGAUCAUUCUAAGACGUCAUUCCACAAGCAACAUCAGUGAGGUGGGCAUUUAAAUGUUCCGGGUGGCUUUUCCAGAAAGCGGUACCCAGCAGUCGACAGUACCCAGCACCCACCACUUUGAGGACUCCACCCUCCUCCGAGCACGGCUCUCCCCGGGGCAGCCCGUCUUCACCGUACAUUCCAUCAGUUUUUCCACUUUCCAUUUCUCCGAGCCCUCGCCGGGACGCCAUUUCUCCGUCAAAGUCCACCGCGUUGCCGAUUCCAUGCCUGCGGGGAACCAGUGAGAACGGAGCAAUUCUGCAUGAGUUUGUUAGCGCGAGCCUUUGCCAUUGCCUUUUCUCCUAGUAUGGUUACCGGCCCGGCAGCGUACAUGACUAAGAAACAGAAACAGAAGCGGAGCAAGAAGAGCAAGAAGAGCAAGGAACUGGAAAAGCAAGACAAAAAGUUACUUGCUUUACGACUCAAGCUCAGACGCCCCAGGGAAGAACUUGUCAGCCAAGGAAUUAUGCCUCCUCUAAAAGCUUCACCAGGAUUCCAUGAGCAGCGUCAAAGGCUAGAAAGAGCAAAGGUUGGGGACAGCUUGCAGAGAAAGAUCCGUCUUCGUCCCGAGAAGUCACACCUUGUCAAUCAGCACAUCUUGGCAGACACCAAUGUAGACCCGCUGGUGAACGCCACCCAGCAGCGGCUCAAACGGUCCCGUCUAGAGCAAGAUCUGGAUACCAAGAUCAAGAACAGGCCAGGCCCACUGGAGCUGAUCGAGGGCAACAUCCUGAAGACGGACAACGCGCUGGUGGAGCAAGCUGUCAAAGAUGGCAAAGUGAAGUUUUUGAAGACAAACAGCCUGGACAGUAAUCCUUUUGAGUUUGAGGAAGACAGCCAAGAAGGCUUCAGUGAUGAGGCUCUGUCGCCUUCACAGUCUGAAGUCAGUCAGGCCGAAUCACAACUCAGCACUGGUAGCCUACCCUCUGCACACAGUUCCAGCGCCUUUGGAGACAACUCUAAGACUCUGCAGGCCCAACAGCAGCAACUGCAGCAGCAACAGCAGCACCAGGCAAGUGUCAGCAGUCCCUCCCAGCUGGUCUCACCCAAGGCAGGUCAGGCAUUCAUCACCAUCAAGCAGGAGCCAGGAUUGAUCAGCCCUCCACCAGUCACCAGCAACAGCUUCACACCCAUUUCAGCCGUGUCCAACAUCAGCCUGGCCUCAGGUGGCAAGGUGACCCCUUCACCGAGGCAGCCCCGCAAAAAGCAGACUAAGAGGCCCAAGCCCAAGGAGAUCAAGUUCCACGAGUACAAGCCGCCCAACGAGCAGUCCAGCAAGGUCCAGCAGGCCAGUACAGUCAAUAAUCCCUACAACCUAUUGCUCAUGCAGCAGCAGUUGUACCUGCAGCUGCAACUCCUCCAGCAGCAGCAGUUGAUCCUACCCAACACAGCCAACCAAAAACACACCACCACCAGUGCCUCCUCCUCCAAUACUCCAGUCACCUCCGCGCACACUUCUUCCAACUCCACAGUGACAACAACCGCUGCUCCAGCUGCUGCACCAGCGGCGCCCGCACAAGCUGCACCUGUGACUGUUAAACAGCAGCAGCCUGACACCAAGCCCAGCAUUGCUGCUUCGCAGGGCAAACCUCGCAGCCUGUCCAACCUGGAGGACAUGAAAGUAUCUGAACUGAAAUUAGAGUUAAAAAAUCGUGGACUUCAUGUGUCCGGAACCAAGCCACAGUUGGUGGAGCGCCUGCGGCCAUAUAUGGAACAGCAGGUCACAACGUCAGCAUCCUCCCCCAACGAGGUCAGCACCACAUCUGUUACAUCGAGUACUAGGGUCUCAAGUUCCACAGAUCUAGAUGUGCCCUUCAGCGAAACCACCAGCAGUGCACAGGGAUCACUGAGCACGCCCCCAAUAUCACCAGAGUUCCGCUCUUCCUUAUCCGUCACGUCAGAACCUAUGUCACCAGGGAGCGCCUUCGAUCCUAUGUCGCCCCCUACAUUCCAAGGUACACUGACGGCAGCAGUGUGCAGCCCCGACACAGUCAGCACCACCAAUCAACAGACUAUGAGUGGGUCUGGGCAGGAAGGUAGCCCAUUUGACCCCACCAUGCCGACGCUGGAGUCCCCCCAGCCGCUCCCACCGGCAUCCAGCAUCCUGCCUGUGGACAUGUCUGGCAAUGACAACAGUAACCAAGAUAUGAUGGACCUCUCAUCACUGGAAACCACCACCAGCAGUGGCGGCCAGAUCAGCAGUGACAUCCUGCGGCAGCAGCAGUUGAAAAUCCAGGAGCUGGAGCGCAUGCUGAAGCUCUCCCAGAUGCAGCUCCAGAUGCAGAAGCUGCAGCAGCCUAACCUGUCAACAGUUUCGACCCAGCAGCAGCAGUCUCCAGCUGGCAAACCAGGCACCCUAUCUCCCCACCAGCUCCAGCAAGACAGCAAGCCCAGCGCCUUCAUGUUUCACAGCAAGGAUUUUGCCCACACGCUAAACCAGCAGCCCAAGGUGUUUUCCUUCGCUUCGCCGCCACCCAAUGGCCAACCAUUCCUCUUCAGUAAGCAGCAGAGCCCAGACAACCAGUCCAUGUCCCUGCCCAAUGGCAUGGUCGUGCCCAAGGCCGCCUCGUUACCCAGUAGCCCCACAGAGCGGAACGUCCUGGGCAUUGGAUCAGGCAUGACAAGGUCUAUCACUCAGCCAACGUUUGCCAACCCUCCUCCCAACUAUGAAGAAGCUGUCCGGCAGGUAAAAGAGAGGAAGAGCCAAGGCAACAGUCCAGUGUCAGGAUCUCCCGUGGGAUCACCACCCAAAGGGAACAGUGCCAACAUCGACCCUAGGAGCACCAAGAGCCAGGACCUGGAUGACUUGUUGGAAGUUCUUGUUGAUCAUGGAUAUCAAAUUCCCAUCACACCAAAGUUCCGGGACAUGCAGCGAACACUUCACAACUCCAAUGUAGGUGCAACAACAGUCACUCACUCUGUUGUGCGUGGCCGUGGAGGCUCCAUUGACCUGAAGCUCCCUGUACCCGGACCAUCCCCUCCCCCUCCUGUCACGCACUCCUACCCAACCUCUGACCUGCCCAUGGAGGUGGAUCCUACAGACCUCAACAUGUCAUCUUUGGACCUGGGUGACGCAGGAGGCGGUCUGACUGGAGGGGAGAGAACAUGCCGGACCCAGUCAGUGCCCUUCGACAUCCCCAUGACAACCAUUGACGGCUGCAGUGAGACCACCAUGGACACGGGGAAGGAUGCAGUCGGCUCCGCUUCGGGCGUGGUCCACCCAGAUGGCGACCUAAACUGGCUAGACCUGGUCAUCCCCAGCUCGGCCACAGGGCUGACGCCUGUCAGCGCCACACCGCCAACCUUCAACAUGGACGGGGCGUUUGGAGCCACCCUGGGCAAAGACCCAUUUCCAUUGAAUCUACUGGACCUCAAUGACAUCAGCACGCCCACGGACCUCCAUCACCUGGAAGAUGAUGCAUGGGAUAACAUCCCCAUCACGGAGUGAGGGGGUUUGUAGAUGGACCCACCCUGACCAGUUAAUAUCAAUUCCUGUCACCGAGUAAGGCAAUGCAGAGCUCAGUGGAAUCAGCCCGAAUGUCGUCUCUGAUCCAGACAAGAGUGUCUUGGAAGACUCUUAUCUUUGACAGAAGGUGGUGUGGCUAUUGUAAAAGGUCCACAGUCCUUUGCGGAACAGUGGAAAGGUGAACAGUUCCCCGAUGAGGGAGAACAAAAAGAACAGGUUCCAAGAAUGUGCUUCCACGAGCGGGCGAGUAAAGUGUAGCAUCAAAAGUUGUUCAGUGGUUUGUGAGUUUGGAUUCAGUGUCUGUGGCAGAGUUCUUGUAAGCUGAUGUGACCUCUCCAAACAAAUAUAUUAAGACAUUCCUAGAAGAACAGAGAGGUGGAACUUAAAAUCAAAUCGCUAAUAGUGUUGACAGAUGUGGCAGAAAACCUUGUACAUGUACUAACUCAGAUGAGAGUUUGAUCCACACUGUUGAAGGACAUACAGGAUAUUUGCUAUCAGGAACAGUGAUUGAUGUCAUUCAGAAUUGGAUGGACAGGUAGAUCAGAUGGGGAUUUGUUCCGGGAAAAAAAGGUAGCAAACAUUAACAGUGUUGUGGUUGAGAUUGCCUCCUACCUGUUAAGGUUAUAAAGCUGUGAUCAGUGCAUGGAAACUGACCUAUCAGGUGACUGUACUGUAUGUUCACGACUUUGCUGGAUAGUAAAGAGGGUGGACCUCUCAUUAUUUCUGGGUUUGAGUUCUGUCGAGCAGUGCUUCAAGUUCGUUAUUGUUUGAGAUAAAGUACAGCCACUUCUGAGUCAUUUCCCAUCUCAAGCUGCCUUUAAAGAAUUGUUUGGGAUACUUGUACAAUUUUCACAGCUGCAACUACAGUUUGAGUUAGUCCUAGAGAACUGGAAUGCUGUACAUAAUGUAUUAUAAACGAAACAAAAAAAAAUUAAAUCCUUUUUUCCAAGCAAAUUAAUCAUUGGAACCACUUUGGUUCUUACGCAAACUAUGCAGCUCACGCGGCAAAAAACAAAGCCUCCCGGAAAUUCUGCACUGAAAUUUCAUGUUGGCAGGACAACACCAAAGCAUUCUGUACCAUGACGACCUGGGCAUCGCCUUCGGUGCCUAGUGUAUAUAGAUGUAUAAAAAAGACAAAAAGACAUGAUUCCUUUUUUAUGAAGCACACAGAAUUUGGUGCAUAUUUUUUUCCUCUGCAAGUGUAUAAAUUCUGCUACAAUUAAAGUCCAUGAAAUCCAGCAUGUCAUGAUUUGUGAUGGAUGGAUUUUGAUUUGCCGUUUCUUGUGAUUGAGUAAUAUUUAAAUGCCCGCAUUAUUUCCUACAUUUUUUCCCUUUUUUUUUGUAAACGUGGCAAUUUAACAAGGGUGCAUUUAUUUUCAGACAGUUUCUAUUUAACCACAUUGGGAUAACUGUUGGUAUUGUACAGAUAUAGUUUUUAAAAAGUAACAAAUUGUAAAGAUUAAUACACAAAAAGAACUCCAGCAAGGAGUUCAGACUUGUAAAUUGUUACGCUUACUGUUGGGUUUAUUUUGCAAAAAGUUGCAUUGCGUUAUUUAUAUCGAACAAGUAGAAGAUAACAUUUUGUUACAGUUACAGUAUGUGUUAAAGUAUUUAUGAAGAUUUGUUUUGCACGUUACUACAGCGUUUUCAGCCAGUUGAAUGCAUUUGUCAGCUUGAUGCCUGAUCUUUAAGUGUUUGUCUCAAAGCUACAAAGCAGACAUUACAAUCUGAUGUGUAGACAGCAAGGGCUCUGGCAGUGUGCAGCUGGUGUCAUCCCUAUCUUAUGCAUUACCAUCAAGCUAGAAGGAGUCUCAAGAUCCCACACACUUUGUCCUUUCUUCUGUUCCAUUGUCUUUGCUGUCCUUACAAGCUGCGAUACCCAUGUGGUUUCAACUUCCAACUCUCAUGGAUGUGAUGUUUCACUACAUGUAUAUUGGUUCAGUGGCACCAAACCUUAACCAGUGGGGAACACUAUUAGCUCACUUCUACGUGGGCAUUGAACCAGUCCGGUUUUUCAACAGUGCAUGCCCAAAAUGCAGCACGUCUGAGGUUAUUCGGGAACAACAGUACAUGUGUGAGGUCUUCCCUAUCGUCGUGACCAUUGCUUUGUUCUUGAAGGACCUUGCCUGUGUGGCAUGUACACAGUGAGCCACUGUGGAGGGCCACUAAAACCUCUGUAAAAGACAGCCGGUCCACUUGUUGGAAAAAAGGCCUCUUUUCUUAAGUCUGCUUUCACUGAACAACUCCCUCACUUAAAACAUUUAAAAUCCAAGUUUUUCAAGCCAUCGACUGAGCUUAUGGAAAGAAAUCUCGACAACCAGUCAUGAUUGCAUUUACCACAUCUGCUAAAAGCCAACAAAACCCGACUGUGGAGACAAUUUGUGUUGAUUUUUCCGAUCUUGGAAAGACUUUCUUUCAGCUGUCGGAAUCUUUUGGUUUGUGGCAGAAAUUGAUUGUGUGUGGUUAAAUUACUUUUUAGCUUAGUGCAAAGUGUACUUAAUUUCCCCGAUUGUGAUUAGCCCAGCCUGAAGGAAUUGAAUGGACAAUAUCCAGUGAGUAGGGUAUUGGAUUGUGGGAAUGGCUGUGUGAAACUUGUUAGCAUUUGUCAGAAAAAUGUCAAAUACCGAACCUUGAAACCUAAAAUAGUAAUUCUUUGUAACACAAUGCUCUAAAAACGUGGAUAAUUUUUUUAUUUUUAUAUUUGCAGGGCCACAUUGCUAUAAAUUUUACAGAAAGAAUUGUAUAGAACAAACUAUUGAAUCGUAAAUGAAUCCAAUUUCUGAAGAAGUAUGUAAUGAAUUUUUCUUUGAAUGUCUGACUGUACAGUAAAUACUUGAAGUAUGGGUGGGGUUUACGGUAUAAAGUUACACCUUUGCAGCAGUGUAUAUGAAUCAAAACUGUGAUUUUUGAAAAAUAUACUCCUUUAAGCUUCUAACAAGAUGCAAAUAACAAAUAAAGAUGCAGAUAAACACCAUUAUAAAAAAUUGUAUAAACUGGUUCAUACUCAGUGGUGGUACGGUACAACUUACUUCUGAAAUUGAAUGUGUUUGGAUGGAGAUGCUUGAAUUUAUUGGCAGAGAACCAUCUAAUCUGGUACUAAUUUUGUCUCAUUGGAUUCAGUUGGUUCAUUAAAACAUUUUCAUAUAAUACAUGCACUUGAUAAACAAUUUCCAGGUAUUUCUGUAGGCCCAUUUUGAAAGACCAACAUUUCCCAUACAGAGUUUCUGUCUCCCAUUUGGCUUCCGGUUGUAAGGGAUCAACAAAAAUUCUGAAUGGAUGAGCAACUAUCCAUGUUUAAAAAUAGGUUGGUUUUCAAGGCGUCUACCAGAACACUACAUUUUGAAACAUGUUCUCAACAUAGAGUGACUCUCAAUGGGAAAAAUUACGGUCUGUGAGCACUGCAGAUGACGCUGUUGUUUGCAGUGUAGAGAUUCACGGUUCACUAAGUCCUGAGCCUGCCAUGGUCUUGGGCAGUGUACCAUUUGCAAGUGAAAUCCUUAAGUUGUGUGUUUUGAAGCUGGAGUUAAACUGUGUACCAAAUGUGUUGCCUGACUCUGUGAAUGAAUUCGAAACCACAUUUUUCAAAUCACACUAGGUAUUUGUAAUAGUGUUUGCUCCGAUUUCAUUAAUUGUCUUCCUCGUCAACAAUUUCUUCUCUUGUGCAGAAUCUUGCAUAGGUCACUGUUUACGUUAUCCCACCUCAGGAUCUGCUGCGUUUUUCUCAAGCAAUUCAUUUGAAGAUUUAGGUGAAUUUCCAAAGAAUACAAAGUCCGCUCUCUUUGUUUUUCCCCUACCUUUCGUUCAGUUAGGCUGCAUUGCCAAUGCCCUCACAUUUCUCCCAGGGCUGUCAUUUCUCAGGAUUUCUUCAGAUUUCAAGAACUGUGUCCCAAAAGUGGAUUUUUAGAGGUUGAAUCAUUCAGGUUUUGCUCCCUUUUUGUACUUCUUACCAAACCACAUGUUCACGAUUCACAUGGUCAAGGUGUUUUAGCUAUGUAGAGCCUCUAAAUCACAGCCUGUUGUGGUCAGCAUUGUUAAACACCCCUCUGGUGAAUGUAUUGUGGAUUUUCAUCCUUCCAACCUCACCUGAUCUUCAUCAUGCAUCCCUGCUGUCUCUUGUCACCUAUGGACUCUGUAUCUCGUAUGCAAAUUAGAAAGCAUUCCAUAAGCACCGCCCACCUCAUCUGCUUCGCUGUUGCAUUGCUUUAAAAAAAUAAAAAAUCUAUAAAGAUACUGUUUUGCACCACAUAGCUGAGUAUUAUAUUUAUAUAUUUUAAACAGUGCGUUGAAUUUUUUUCUGGUAAUUUAAGUUAUUUGUGUUGGUAUUUCAUGAUAACGCACCAAGUGCUGAAUAUUUUGUAGCAUUGCUAUAUGUGCGGCCAUUGUUGUAGCAAACUAAUUACUCGGGACUGGCUUUACAGAGCUGCUCAGUGGAAACCUUUUUCAGCUUUACUGGUCACCAAACAAAAUGUAUGCUAAGUGACUUUGCUGUUACUGAAUUGCCUAGCUUUCUCUUUUUGGCCUACCUCUGGCCUUAUGGCAUGGUUACUCAGACAGUAAUUUCUACAAUAUCAUACACCAAGCAUUAUACAGAGUUACUCAGCUUUCAGUGCUCACCUUUUUUUGCUUCGCAGCUCUGUAAUCUUCGUCCCCAGCUGUACAUGUAACAUCUCAUAUCAUGAAUAUAUUACAUGACACUGACAGUUAUAAUAAAUAUACUUGCUGUGAAUCCUCUAGAUCCUUUCUCAGGCUUCCUGUUUCAUUCCCCCUCUCCCUCUUUUCUGCCAUUUUCCUCCGCACUUCACAGAUUGUCUAGAGCCUAAUCAUCUUGCUAUAUAUUGACCGCUGCAAUGGGUUCCGCUGUAAGACAAACCUUUGGAGGUACUACACGGGGUUUAUUCUUCUGAUCUGGGCUUCAUAUGCAGAAUUCAAUAUUAAGAGCUGGGCUGUAUUAAUACAUUGCUAAAUAAACAGUAACUCGAGUACUUCCUCGAUGAAAUUUGUC